AUGACCGGAAAAUGCCCUGUCGGGGCAUUAUGGUGUCUCCCGCAGGUCACCCCGCUGCAAACACAGACUUUGGAUAGAAUUGAUGCUCUGCAAAAUUUCUACCUCCAAACAAAAUCUGUAAGUGAGGAUUUCGAAGAAAAAAGAGAACUUGAUUUUGAAAGCUGUAGUGGAAAGUGUUACUGCGAUCAGACUCACGCAUCGUUUGUGCUCGAAGGAGGUUCCCAGUACCAUCAACGUGGCUGCCUUUCGAUCGUUUCAACGUUGCUCACGCCAGGUGACGAAUACAUGCCUGAGAAGCCUUCCCCACAAGCCGAUGAGCAUGCCGAAGCCGUUUAUCAACAAGCCUUGAAGUUCCUAGAACGUGGACGAGGUCAUGGUAUCGAAGGGCGAAAAGCUGCUUAUCGACUACUUGACCAAGCAGCGCAAGCUGGGCACACCGAUUCUUUGAAACUGAUGGGCUACGCUCAUUUGUUUGGUGAUCGCGCUCGCUGGUCCAUUGAUGAAGCGAAGAAAAUAUUCGAAGAACUUGCUGAAAGUGGAUCGCCAGAUGCCCAACUUGGACUCGCCUUCAUGCAUGCUACUGGUUUGGGAGUAUCGAAGUCCAAUCAAGCAAAAGCCCUCGUCUACUACAUGUUCUCAGCUCUUGGUGGAAAUCCUCUUGCGCAGAUGGCUAUGGGAUACCGUUACUACGCAGGAAUCGCGGUUCCUCAGAACUGCGAGAACGCUCUGUCAUACUACGAAAAGGCAGCGGAUAAAGUAGCGGAAGGAUUCAAGUUUUCCACUGGGCUUGCUAUCCAACGAAUACGACUUACUGAUGAGAUGGAGCCAUCAUCGACGAAUGCAGUCACGACGCCCAUGGACCAGAACCUCAUAGAGUACUACCGCUUUUUAGCUGAAAAGGGUGAUGUCUCAGCGCAGGUCGGGCUUGGACAGCUCUACCUGACUGGUGGGCGAGGUGUCGAACAGAAUUUUGAGUUGGCCAACAAGUACUUCUCAUCUGCCGCUGAAGCUGGGCAUGCAGGUGCCUUUGCUUUCCUUGGCAAGAUGUACCUUGAUGGUACGCAUGUUACUCCACAGGACAACACUACGGCGUUCAAUUUCUUCUUGCGCAGCGCCGAUAAGGGAAAUCACAAUGGUCAAGCUGGGCUGGGAGUGAUGUACAUGCAAGGAAGAGGUGUUCGUCGAGAUUACGAAAAGGCAUAUCGCUUGUUCUCGCUUGCUGCUGAGCAGGGCUGGGUUGAUGCGCAAUUGUACCUAGGAGACAUGUUCUUCAAUGGUCUUGGUGUAAAAAAGGAUUUCAAAGCUGCAUUGAAGUAUUAUCAAAUGGCUACGCAAAAUGGCCAUGUUUUAGCUUCAUAUAAUCUCGCACGCAUGCACUCUUCCGGCAUUGGUGUGCUGAGAUCCUGCACAACUGCUGUUGAGUUCUACAAAAAUGUAGCUGAACGGGGCCGGUGGAGCGAAAAGCUUAUGGAAGCCUACACUUCUUACAAGGAAGGGCGAAGAGACGAAGCUGCUAUAAAAUACCUCUUUCUUGCUGAGUUAGGUUAUGAGCCGGCACAAACCAACAUUGCGUAUAUCUUAGAUAGAGGCGAGGCUGAUUCGCUCUUCCCAUCCUCUAAAGAAAAUGUGCUUGAGAGAGCCAUAGUACAAUGGCAGCGGGCUGCCAAUCAAGAAUAUCCUUUAGCCAGAAUCAAACUAGGAGAUUAUCAUUAUUAUGGUUGGGGCACUCCUGCAGAUUACGAACAGGCUGCUCAACAUUAUAAAUUGGCAGUGGAGCGCCAUGCGACUGCACAAGCAAUGUUCAAUCUAGGUCUGAUGCAUGAGCAGGGACUUGGAAUCACUAGGGAUCUCCACUUAGCAAAACGCUUCUAUGAUAUGGCUGCGGAGCAAAGUUCUGAUGCAGCUGUUCCAGUCGCGUUAGCACUUGCAAAGCUGGCAAUUUUGUUUUUAUUGGAGCGGAUUAAUAAGAACCCUGUCAUUCAACUUCUGGAACAGUACCUUGGACCAAACUGGGACAUGUUUGCUAUGGCUAUCUGCGCUGGAAUUCCAUUGAUCCUUUUCGCAAGAAGCCUGGCUAGGUUUUCUUAUGGAAUCCAAGUGUGA